ACAUAAAAGGUAGUGUAGUGUGACCUGGGCAGGUUUGUCAGGUUCACCGAUUCACCAGGCUGUUGUUGCUGUUGCUGCUGCUGCUGCUGCAGCAGUAAUAUUCAACAUGUCACUGAAGGUGCUCGUCGGUUGUAAAAGGGUCAUUGAUUAUGCUGUCAAGAUUCGUGUAAGGCCUGAUAAACUGGGAGUGGUGACAGAUGGCAUUAAACACUCCAUGAAUCCUUUUGAUGAAAUUGCCAUUGAGGAAGCAGUUCGCCUCAAGGAAAAGAAUAUAGUCAAAGAAGUAAUUGCUGUAUCAUGUGGUCCAACUCAGGCACAAGAGACCAUCCGCACUGCAUUAGCCAUGGGUGCAGACAGAGGCAUCCAUGUAGAGGUCCCAGCAAAAGAGAUGGAGAAGCUUGAGCCUCUCCAUGUGUCAAAGAUUCUUGCAAAACUAGCAGAGAAAGAACAGGCUGAACUGGUAAUUGUGGGCAAGCAAGCCAUUGAUGAUGACACAAACGCCACUGCCCAGAUGACAGCAGGAAUCCUCAAUUGGCCACAAGCCACUUUUGCUUCAAAGAUAGAGAAAAAAGAUGAUUUCCUGGAAGUUAUUCGUGAAAUUGAUGGAGGUCUUGAAACAAUAAAAGUAAAAUUACCAGCUGUUGUCUCAGCUGACCUACGGCUCAACGAACCACGAUAUGCUACAUUGCCGAAUAUUAUGAAAGCAAAGAAAAAGAAAAUUGAGAAAAUGAAGCCUGCAGACCUGGGUGUGGAUACAACUCCUCAUUUUGAAGUUAUUGAAGUGACUGACCCACCUGCGAGAGAGGCCGGCAUUAAAGUUGAGGAUGUGGAUACUCUUCUUCUCAAACUUAAGGAAGUGGGACGCAUUUAAUUAUUUAGUGUUUAGAAUGGGUAAGAUUGAAGAGCCACUUCUCAGAAUAAAUCAGUAGACCAGUGUAGUAGUAGUAUAUUUUGACAUUUUUCUGUUGCAGUAUUUUAUGCAUAAUCUAAAUGAGUAUAUUUUUAUUUUCAGGUUGGUGA